UCACUUUGAAGAAAACCACUUGGUAUUUUAUAGUGAGGUGGCUUUGCAAAUAAAGAUCUUCACGAAGAUUUUAUGUGAUUUUAAACAAAUCAACUUAAAUGCUUGGAAUUUGGAUUGCUGUACUUUUAUUUUUUGGCACAUCAAGAGGAAAAGAAAUUUGCUAUGACAGGGUAGGAUGCUUUAAAGAUGGUUUACCAUGGAUGGGGACUUUUUCAAGAGAGUUGGUGGGUUUACCCUGGUCUCCAGAGAAGAUAAACACUCGCUUUCUGCUCUACACUAUACAUAAUCCCAAAGCCUAUCAGGAGAUCAGUGCAGUUAAUUGUUUAACUAUCAAAGCCUCACAUUUUGGAACAGACAAGAUAACCCGUGUCAACAUACCUGGAUGGAAAACAGAUGGCAAAUGGCAGAGGCACAUGUGCAAUGUGUUGCUACAAGUGGAAGAUAUAAACUGCAUCAAUUUAGACUGGAUUAAUGGUUCACUGGAAUACAUCCAUGCUGUAAACAAUCUCCGCGUUGUUGGUGCUGAGGUGGCUUAUUUUAUUGAUGUUCUUAUGAAAAAAUUUGGAUAUUCCCCUUCUAAAGUGCACUUGAUUGGCCACAGCUUGGGAGCACAUCUGGCUGGAGAAGCUGGGUCAAGGAUACCAGGCCUUGGAAGAAUAACUGGGUUGGACCCAGCUGGGCCAUUUUUCCACAACACUCCAAAUGAAGUCAGGCUAGACCCCUCGGAUGCCAACUUUGUCGAUGUCAUUCACACAAAUGCAGCUCGCGUCCUCUUAGAGCUUGGUACUGGAACUAUUAAUGCUUGUGGUCACCUUGACUUUUACCCAAAUGGAGGGAAGCACAUGCCAGGAUGUAAAGACUUAAUUACACCUUUACUUAAAUUUGAUUUCAAUGCUUAUAAGAAAGAAGUGGUUUCCUUCCUUGAAUGUGACCAUGCCCGAAGUCAUCGCUUUUAUGCUGAAAGCGUUCUCAAUCCUGAUGCCUUUAUUGCUUAUCCUUGCAGAUCCUACAAAUCUUUUAAAGCAGGAAAUUGUUACUGUUGUCCCAAAGAAGGUUGUCCAACAAUGGGUCAUUUUGCUGAUAGAUUUCACCUCAAAAAUAUGAAGACUAAUAGAUCAUAUUAUUUUUUAAACACUGGAUCUGAAUCCCCAUUUGCCCGUUGGAGGCACAAGUUGUCUGUUAAACUCUCUGGAACCAAUAUCACUCAAGGGAGCAUAUAUCUCCGUGUAGCUGGGACAACUGGGAAAACAGGGCAGUUUGCAGUUGCCAGUGGAAAACUUACGCCAGGCAUGACUUAUACAAAAUUAAUUGAUGCAGAUGUUAAUGUUGGAAACAUUACAAGUAUUGAGUUCAUUUGGAAGAAAGAUUCGUUUGGACAUUCUCAGAAUAAGUUGGGAGCAGAAAUGGUGAUAGAUAUAUCUGGAAAAUAUGCAUAUAAAUCUACCUUCUGUAGCCAGGACAUUAUGGGACCUAAUAUUGCCCAGAUCCUGAAACCAUGCUAAUUCCAGAUAUUGCCUUGAUGGAUUUAUUUAGCAGGAGCAAUUAAAAACAAAGGAGUCUCCUUCUACCCGGCAUGCAGACCAAACUUGGCUCUUGUAAAUGAGACAGAAAAGUACAGGUUUGUUUAUUUCUUGCAUAGAAUGCUGUUCUCAUUAAUAAACUUUCAUAUGUGUCUUAAAAACAGACUGAGACAUGGGACUGAAUAUAGUUCUGUGAUCUGUCGGAGUCUGUAUAUCAGUGACAAAAUAUAGCUGCAUUGGAAUUUCCCUGUAUAGGAGGAGGUGAUGCUAAAGUACGAUUGUGUAAACUCACUGGGCAAAAGGGAGAGUCUGUUUUUUAGUACAUUUUGAGUAUUUCCAGGUGGAAUAGUCAUUGUCCUAAAAUGGAUUAAAGAAUAUUUAUUAUGUUGUUAAAUCUUAGUGAGACAAAUUAUGACUAUAGUUCAUGAUAUAUAGUAAGUUAUAACUUUGUGGGUUGAUGUGUCCACCUAUUAAAAAUGGAAAUUAAUGAGAAUGCACUAAUAUUUCCAAGGUGUUUCUUGGUCUUCAGGGUGUGUGUGAGGUAAGAGAGAUUUUGGAGCUUAUCUAUUUUGUGUACAUCAAUUAGCAAUGGGCCCUGAGGAUCAUCAGCUCAGGACACAGCCUCCUUUCUACAGAAGUCCCCUGCCACAGGAGAACUACUCAUCUCCUUGGGUCUUGGAGGCUCCAUUGCAAAUUUGUGUUCAGCCUAAAGGCAGCAUUUCAUUUGUAAAGGACUUGAAUAACCCUUUGUGUUUGCAAUAACAAUAUUGUCAUAUUUAAA